AUGAAAGGCCAGUUCCUGUUCUCAAAGUUUGUAGUUCUUUCAUCGACUUCCGCCUUGUCACCGCUGAAAGAUUCGUCCGAAAACAAGCGCAUUUUAAAGAUUGCGACUAUUAUUAUACUCGAGGAAGAGCACUUAGCUCAGAAAGCAGAACAGUUGGGACAACGUUUCAGAGCAGAGUUGACAAAACUACCAACUUCAGUAGUUAAAGCACACAGAGGAAAAGGUCUACUGAAUGCCAUCCUCAUAACAGAGAAUAAGGGAUACAACGCCUGGGACGUGUGCUUGAAACUUCGCGAUAGAGGCUUACUGGCAAAGCCAACACACGACACAAUCAUUCGACUUGCACCUCCCUUGUGUAUCUCUGAUGAAGAAUUGACCAAGUCACUAGAAAUUUUACACGAUGUGAUCAACUCCAUUGCAGAAUAA